AUGCACUCCUCAAUCGUGCUCCUCUCCACCCUUGUCGCCGCGGCUGUGGCUCAGAACUCGACCUCCUACACCUUCCCUCAAGGUUUCAACCUUGGCAUGGUGAAGCCCGAUGAGCUGAACUCGUGGUGCCAGGGCCAGCGCAACGUCUGCCCGGACAUGUGCAAGGGCUCGACCGACGUCAACUCCUGCGAUUCCACUACACUGCAGUACCAGUGUAAGUGCAGUGACGGUACCACCCCCGACUCCAGCCAGUACAUCCAGACCGUUCCCUUCUAUGUCUGCGAGUCCACCUUCGGCCAGUGCAUCAAUGCUCACCCCAACGAUGCCAAUGGCCAGAAGGCUUGCAAGAGUGCUGCGAAAUGCGGAAGCAAGAACGCCACUGCCUUGAACGAGAUCGCUGAAUCUUCGUCCACCUCCACUUCGGCCACGAGCACUAUGUCCAUGACCACUUCCACUUCGUCAAGCAUGACCAGCUCCUCCUCUGUGGCUGCUGAGAGCACUACCAAGAAUGCCGCCAUCACUCUUGGUGAGGACUACUCGACUGGUAUCAUGGCCGGUGCGAUGUUCCUGGCUGCUCGCAUGUUCCUGUAA